AUGAAAACUGUAGUGGUGACAGGCUUUGGGCCAUUUGGCAACAUGAGACCAAAUCCAUCGAUGGAUGUGGUGAAGAACCUGGGAAAAGUUGGACCUUUGAGUGAUGAGGUGAACUUAAUAACCGAAAUUAUGGCCGUAGAGUAUGCUGAAGUCGACAAAAAAGUGCAUGCUUAUUGGAAAGAUUAUCAACCGAAUUUAGUGAUACAUGUUGGCGCUUCUGAUAGAAAUGGAAUCCAGCUCGAGCAACAAUCAACUGGUGAUGGCUAUUUCAUAAGAGAUAUUGCUAACAAGAUCCCGUCUGGUGGAAAAGCUCCAGAUGUUGAAAAGUAUGGAACUCCAAUAGUUUCGACAAUAAAUUGUAAGCGUAUAGCCGUUUGUGUCGCUGAAGAAAUGCAGAAAAAGUGUCCAAGUUUACAAGUUGAGUCGAGCAAUGAUGCUGGGAAAUUUCUUUGUGGUUUCUCGUACUACUUAUCUUUGUGUCAAGACAGAUCAAAAGCGUUGUUUGUUCAUGUUCCGCGAUUGGACAAAAAGGACAAAUUCCAGGAAAAACUUGAAAUGGAACCUCAAAGAUGGAGGAAUAUUGUGGCUUUUUGGAUCUUUGGCUUGUGCAACAAUUAUGCAUACAUUUUGAUGUUGAGUGCAGCUGAAGAUAUCAUUGAAAGAAGCACACGUGGAAAAGAGAAUGGAUUGAGCAAUGAAACAGCUUUGUAUAAUGGAACUUGUCCGACGGAAAGACGAUUGAAACAUUGUAAUGGUCGAAAAUCGACGGGUGUUAUAUUGUUGGCCGAUGUUCUUCCGGCGUUCAUCAUCAUGGCAACAGCGCCAUUCUUUGCAUUCAGAAUCAAUUUUGGAAUUCGUCAAUUGCUGGUCGUAAUCAGUCAAGCAGCUUCUUUAUUGAUUGUUGCCUAUUCAGAAACUUACGCUUAUUCAAUUCUUGGAGUCGUUCUUGCUUCUCUAAGUUGUGGAUUUGGUGAAUCAACUCUUGUAUCUUAUUCUUCGCACUUCUCUCAUUCAACAGUUGUCGCCUGGGCCUCGGGAACAGGAGGAGCCGGAGUUAUUGGUUCUUUCAUCUACGCAGCUCUGACGGAACCCCAUUUUGCCGGUUUGUCACCGAAAAACGCUCUCCUUUGCAUGAUGAUCAUCCCAUUUCUAUACGCUACUUCCUUUUGGUUGAUCUUGGAACACCCGGACAAUUGUGUGGCUUUGUGCUCUCCGAAAAAGAUUCGAUCAAGCGAUGGAAAAGAAGAAAAAGGGGAUUUCACAGAGAAGCCCCAGCAAAUCUAUCAAAGAAAAACGACUGUCACAGAGAAAUUCAAGAUCAUACAGUCGCUUUUCAAAUACACAAUCCCGUUGGUGGUCGUCUAUUUGGCUGAAUAUACGAUAAAUCAAGGAUUGACGCAACUCAUCGUUUUUGACUGUUCACAUGGCUUCAGCCUCACAAAGAACAGCCAAUAUCGAUGGUAUCAGGUCCUAUAUCGUUUUGGUGUCUUCAUCUCGAGAUCAAGCAUGGCCAUCGUGAAAUUGCCCGUCUUUUUCUUGUACUUAUUACCAAUUCUGCAAAUUGGUAACGCGGUUUUCUUCUACUUUGAGGCUGUUUAUGCCUUUUUGCCGCAUAUUAUCGUGGCUUUCGUGAUCAUUUUCAUUGAAGGUCUCUAUGGCGGAUCGGCUUAUGUGAAGACGCUCAAUCACAUACAUCAAACGGUAGAGCCAGAUGUCCGUGAGUUCUCUCUCGGCGCCUCUACAACAGCCGAUGUCUCUGGGAUUGUCGUUGCCUCCUUCUUGGCUAUUUAUUUACACAAUCAAAUUUGCAAUAUGUUGGAGGCAAGUUUU